AUGGUCGAUAGCAGAGCGCCAAGCACCAGCACACCGACGCCCUUCCGCGUUCUCGUGGUCGGCGGCUCCUAUGGCGGACUCUCGGCCGCCCUGAACCUGCAAGAUCUGUGCAACGGACGGCGGCCACGCUGUGGUCCUGCCCCCGCCGAAGGCGAGACAGAGCAGAGCGGAACCGAGACAGAGCAGAGCGGAGUCGAGACGCCAAAUAUCGCCAUCGACAUCACCAUAGUAGACGAGCGCGAUGGCUUCUACCACCUGAUCGGCUCGCCGCUAGCCGUGGCCGACCAAGCCUACGCGCAAAAGGCCUGGGUCUUGUACAAGGACAUCCCCGCGCUGCGCGAGCCCAACGUGCGCGUGCUGCACGGCUCGGUGCAGGGCCUCGACCCCAAGCGCAAGGUGGCCGCCUUCGCCGCCCGCGGCAGCGGCACCCAGACCACCGACCUACCUUACGACUACCUAGUCGCCGCCGCCGGCCUACGCCGCGUCUGGCCCGUCGUUCCCCAAUCCCUGCGCAAGAAGCAGUACCUGUUUGAGACGAGCGACUACACCCGCGCGGCCACCACAGCCAGGCACGGCGCUGUCAUCGUGGGCGGUGGCGCCGUGGGCAUCGAGAUGGCGGCCGAGCUCAAGCUCGUGCACCCGGAGGUAAAGGUAACACUGGUGCACUCGCGCGACAAGCUGCUGUCGGCGGAGCCGCUGCCGGACGAGGUCAAGGACCGCAGCCUGGAGCUGCUGCGCGAGGCGGGCGUCGACGUGCUGCUGGCGCACCGGCUCGAGCGCACCGACGACGCGCGCGACGCCAGCGGCAACGCCUGCCUAUCGCUACGCUUCGCUAAUGGCCACACCCUACUCGCCGACCACGUCGCCAUGGCCGUGUCCAAGAGCGUGCCGUCGACGGCCUGGCUGCCGCGCGGGGCGCUCGACGACGACGGAUACGUCCGCGUCGAUGCUACCCUGACGUUCCCCCCCGAGACGCCCAACGCCGCCCACCACCUGGCCGUCGGCGACAUGAUCCGCUGGUCGGGGAUCAAGCGCUGCGGCGGCGCCAUGCACAUGGGCUACUACGCGGCGCACAACCUGCACCAGCGGCUUCUAGCAUCAUCAUCAUCACCAACUGCCGAGACUCCAAAGUUCCUCGAGCUCGCCGAGGUCCCGCCCAUGAUCGGCCUCGCCGUCGGCAAGAAUGCCGUGUCGUACUGGCCGGGCGGCGGCAUGACGUCGGGCGAGGACGUCAUGACAGUCUUCUUUGGCGAUGAUCUCGGGUUUACGAUCUGCUGGAACCAUCUCCGACUGGGCGGAUACAAGUCCGUCCCUGAGGUUCCCAAGGCUUGA